UGAAAAACGCGGGAUCAGUUUCCUCCGGAAGGAGCUGAAAGGAGACACGGAGGAAAGGUGGGGAAAGGGCGGGAAUAAACCUUCAGGCGCCCACUUUUGAAGAGCCUCAGGUCUUCUCCGUGCAAUCCACUGCAAUCUCAGCCAAGCCGUUGCCUCCAUUGCGUGGUUUUCUUGCACGCUCCAGAUGACAGAGCGGGAGAGGGAGGCGGCGGGCCUGGUGCAAAUCUGAAAAAUGGCAUCAGAGUGACAUUCUGGAUCCUCCCCCCUUUACCCAGGAGAGGAAACAUCCACCAUGCAGCCAGCUCAGGGGCCGGUGACCUUCGAGGAGGUGGCCAUAUAUUUCACGGAGGAGGAAUGGGUCCUGCUGGAUCCAGGCCAGAGAGCUCUUUACGAGGAGGUGAUGGUGGAGAUUCAUGAGAUGAUCACCUCUCUGGCAGGAGAUGUCUGGGGUAUCACGGCUGAGGGGGAUCCAUCAAAGCUGUCACCAGAAAGAGCUGAGGAGCAGAAGGAGGAACGGAAAUUGGGGAGGCAACAUAGAGGCAAGAGGCAAGAGGGGAGAGAAAUGCAGAAACAAGGGGAUGAAUCCAGAGCUUCUGAGGGUGGUGAAUAUAAAAUUCAAAGAGAAACUACUCACCUAAAGGAAACUAGGAUGUCUCCUGAGUGUAAACUGACAAGACAUCAGAAGAGUCGCGCAGGAGAGAAAUCAUACAGAUGCUCAGACCACGAGGAACAUUUCAGCAAAAGCUCAAACCUUACUGUACAUAGGAGAGUGCACACAGAAGGAAAACAAUAUAAAUGCCUGAAGUAUGGAAAGAGGUUCAGUCAUCAUUACCAUUGUACUUUGCCUCAAAGAACUCAUACAGGGGACAAACCUUUUACAUGCUUGCAAUGUGGAAAGAGCUUUAGUCAUCAUCCCUACCUUGCCUUACAUCAAAGAAUUCAUACAGAAUACAAACUUUACAAGUGCUUGGAGUGUGGAAAGAGCUUCAGUCAAAGUGGCCACCUUACAUCACAUCAAAGAACUCAUACAGGAGUCAAACCAUAUAAAUGCUUUGGCUGUGGAGAGAGCUUCAGUCACAGUAGCUCCCUUACUGGGCAUCUAAGAAGUCAUACAGGGGAGAAACCUCAUAAGUGCUUGGAGUGUGGAAAGAGCUUCACUCAAAGAAAGAACCUUACUUCACAUCAAAGAACUCAUACAGGGAAGAAACCAUAUAAAUGCUUGGAGUGUGGAAAGAACUUCAGGUGGAGCAGUGCCCUUACUUUGCAUCAAAGAAUUCAUACAGGGGAGAAACCUCAUAGAUGCUUGGAGUGUGGAAGGAGAUUCAGGCAGCUUGGGCACCUUACUUUGCAUCAAAGAACUCAUACAGGGGAGAAACCUUUUGAAUGCUUGGAGUGUGGAAAAAAGUUUACUCAACAUUACCACCUUAUCUGGCAUCAACGAACUCAUUCAAGGGACAAACCUUAUGAAUGCUUAGAGUGUGGAAAGAGCUUCAGUCACCUUGAGCACGUUAUUUCACAUCAAAGAACUCAUGCAGGGGAGAAACCUUAUGAAUGCUUGGAGUGUGGAAAGAACUUUAGUCAUCAUCACUACCUUACUUCACAUCAAAGAAGUCAUACAGGGGAGAAACCUUACAAAUGCAUGGAGUGUGGAAAGAGCUUCAGUUGGAGUGGCAACCUUACUUCACAUCAACAAAUUCAUACUGGGGAGAAACCUUAUAAAUGCUUGGAGUGUGGAAAGAGCUUCUGUCAGAGUAACAAACUUACUUUGCAUCAAAGAACUCAUACAGGGGUGAAACCUUAUAAAUGCUUGGAGUGUGGAAAGAGCUUCAAUUAUAGUAGCUCCCUUACUGUACAUCGAAGAACUCAUACAGGGGAGAAACCUCAUAAAUGUUUCAAGUGUGGAAAGAGCUUCAGUCGGAGUACUACCCUUGCUGUGCAUCAAAGAACUCAUACAGGGGAGAAACCUCAUAAAUGCUUUGAGUGUGGAAGGAGCUUCAGUCAGCUUGGGCACCUUACGUUGCAUCAAAGAACUCAUACAGGGGUCAAACCUUAUAAAUGCUUGGAGUGUGGAAAGAGCUUCAGUCAGUUUGGGAACCUUACCUUGCAUCAAAGAACUCAUACAGGGGUCAAACCUUAUAAAUGCUUGGAGUGUGGAAAGAACUUUAGUCAACAUUACCACCUUACCUCACAUCAAAGAACUCAUACAGGGGAGAAACCUUAUAAAUGCUUGGAGUGUGGAAAGAGCUUCAGUUGGAAUUGCAACCUUUCUUCACAUCAACGAACUCAUACCGGGGAGAAACCCUAUAAAUAAUUUGAGUGUGGAAAGAGCGUCCGUCAGAGUAGCAAACUUACUGAUUAUCAAACAACUAAUACUGGGGACAAACCUUAUAAAUGCUUGGAGUGUGGAAAGAGCUUCAGGAAGCAUUACCAGAUUACUUGUCAUAAAAGAACCCAUACAGAAUAAAAGCCUUACAAGUGCUUGGAGUGUGGAAAGAGCUUCAGAGUGGCAAUCCUACUUUGCAUCAAAGAACUCAUACAGGGGAGAAACUUCCUAAAUGCUUGGAGUGUGGAAAGAGCUUCAGUCGGAGUAGCGCCCUUACUGUGCAUCAAAGAACUCAUACAGAGGAGAAACCUCAUAAAUGCUUGGAGUGUGGAAAGAGCUUCAGUCAGCAAUGCCAUCUUGCUUACUAUACAUCAAAGAACUCAUACAGGGGUCGAACCUUAUAAAUGUUUUCAUGGUGGCCCCUAAAAUGAUGGAAAACUGUUUCUACAGGUGUUUGUCCCGUGGCCUGUCAUUUACCAAUACAGAAAGUAAUCUUUAUUUAGAAAAAGUGUGGUGAAAGAAAAGGGCAAUUUGGAAUAAAGUUGGGGUGUCUGUGGGGAUUAAAAAAAAGAAUCCAUGCAGUGCCAUUACUAUUAAUCAUUUAUUUCUUUAUAACAUUUGUAUCCCGCCGUUCAGCCAAAAAGACUCCCAGGAUGGUUCACAUUAAAUCAAUUAAAGUGAGACAGUCCUUGCUCACAAGUUUACACUAAAUAAAAAAAUGACACAGGGAUAGGGACAGGAAGGGGGGAAAUAUCAAACGUGAGGCCCAAUUCUGAAACAGUAGUUCUUGUGAUGUUCUUUCUUCUUUCUUAACUACUUUGUUGUUGUUAUGUGCCUUCAAGUCUUCUCACUACUAUUAUUUAUUUAUUUAAUGAUAGUUUUGGUUUAAUUUGUUCUAACACCCAAUUAUUUGGCUUCUUUGCAGUCCAUGGUAUCUGUAAAGCUCUCCUCUAGCACCACAUAUCAGUUGAUUUUUCUCUUUUCCGCUUUUUUCACUGUCUAACUUUCACAUCCAUACACAGAGAUCAGGAACACCAUAGCCUGAAUGAACACUUUUUUAGAACAUUUGCAUUUGAGAACCUUUUCUUGUUCACUUACAGCUGUCCUCACCAGUCCUAGCCUUCCAAUUUCUUGACUAUUGUCUCCAUUUUGGUUAAUGACUGUGCCAAGGUAAUGAUAAUCCUUGACAACUUCAGUGUCCUCAUUGUCAACUUUAAAGUUACAUAAAUCUUCUGUUGUCAUUACUUUAGUCUUCUGGAUGUUCAGCUGUAGUCCUGCUUUUGUGCUUUCCUCUUUAACUUUCAUCAGCAUUCGUUUCAAAUCAUUACUGGUUCCUGCUAGUAGUAUGGUAUCGCCUACGUACCUUAAAUUAUUGAUAUUUCUCCCUCCAAUUUUCACACCUUCAUCUUGGUCCAAUCCAGCUUUCUGUAUGACAUGUUCUCUAUAAAGAUUAAACAAAUAGGGUGAUAAAAUACACUCCUGUCUCACACCCUUUCCAAUUGGGAACCAAUGGGUUUCUCCAUAUUCUGUCCUUACAGUAGCCUCUUGUGCAGAGUAUAGGUUGCGCAUCAGGACAAUCAGAUGCUGUGGCACGCCCAUUUCUUUUAAAGCAUUCCAUAGUUUUUCAUGAUCUACACAACCAAAGGCUUUGCUGUAAUCUAUAAAGCACAGGGUGAUUUUCUUCUGAAGUUCCUUGGUCUGUUCCAUUAUCCAACAUAUGUUUGCGAUAUGAUCCCUGGUACCUCUUCCCUUUCUAAAUCCAGCUUGGACAUCUGGCAUUUCUCGCUCCAAAUAUGGUAAGAGCCUUUGUUGUAGACUCUUGAGCAUUACUUUACUUGCAUGGGAUAUUAAGGCAAUAGUUUGAUAAUUAUUGCAUUCCCUAGGAUCCCUGUUCUUUGGAAUUGGAAUAUAUAUUGAAUACUUUCAGUCUGUGGACCAUUGUUUAGUCUUCCAUAUUUGUUGACAAAUUUUUCUCAAAAUUUGGACCGAUUCAGUCUCAGUAACUUGUAGCAGCUCUAUUGGUAUGCCAUCUAUUCCUGGUGAUCUGUUUCUUCCAAGUAUUUUAAGAGCAGCUUCCACCUCGCAUUCUAAACUUUCUGGUUCUUCAUCAUAUUUUUCCUCCAUGAAUGAAUCUGUCAUCCUUGCAUCUCUUUUAUAGAGUUCUUCAGUGUAUUGCUUCCAUCUUCCUUUUAUUUCAUCUCGGUCAGUCAGUGUGUUCUCCUGUUGAUUAUUCAACAUCCCUCCUCUUGGUUUAAAUUUCCCUUUCAUUUCUCUAAUCUUUUGGAACAGGGCUCUUGUUCUACCCUUUUUGUUGUCCUUUUCUUUUUCUAUGCAAUAACUAUUCUAAUAGUUCUUUCUCCCUACGCACUAGUCACUGUAUUACUGCAUUUAGGGUUCUAUCCGUGUUUCUCCUUUUGCUUUUGCUUUAUUGUCUUUUUUGCAUUCUUCCCUGAUAAUGUUCUUUUCCUUUAUUCUGAAUUUCAAUGUUAACAGUUCAUGGUCUGUACCGCAGUCUGCUCCUGGUCUUGUUUUCGCAGAAGUAUGGAACUUCUCCAUCUUCUGCUACAGUUAUAUCAUCCAUUUGAUUCCUAUAUUGACCAUUUGGUGAUGUCCACGUGUACAGUCGUCUUUUAGGUUGCUCAAAAAAUGUGUUUGCAAGAAGCAAAUUAUUGGCUUCACAGAAUUCAGUAAGUCUUUCUCCUUCUUCAUUUUUAUCUCCUAAGCCCCAUUUCCCCACAAUCUCUAGUUCUUCUCUGUUCCCUACUUUUGCAUUCUAGUCCCCCAUGAUUAUCAGCACAUCUUGUUUUGGUGUGUGAUCAAUUUCUUCCUGUACUUCUGCGUAAAAUGUCUCCAUUUCCUAUUUUUCUGUGUUUGCCGUUGGAGCAUAGACUUGGAUGAUGGUUAUGUUAAUAGAUUUCCCAUUUAAUUUCAUUGAUAUCACUUGUUCAGACCUUGCGUUAUCGCUCCUAAUUGCUUUUGCUACAUCACUUCUCACUAUUAAAGCAACCCCAUUUCUUCUUCAUUUCUUAUUUCCUGCAUAAAAUAUUUUGUAGUUGCCUGAUUGAACAUGAUCCAUUCCCGUCCAUUUUAAUUCACUCACGCCAGGUAUUCUAAUGUUGAUGCGUUCCAUUUCUUGCUUGACAAUUUCUAACUUUCCCUGGUUCAUGCUUCUCACAUUCCAUGUUCCUAUUGUGUGCAUCGUACAACUCUGGACUCUCCUUUUGCAUUUGUACGCAUCAGCCUCUGGGCUUCCUUUUGGCUUUGACCCAGCUAUGUCAUUAGUCACAGCGUUACUCAUACUUGUCCUUUGUUCUUCCCCAGUAGCUCAAUGAGUGCCAUCUGACCUGGGGGUCUCAUCUUCUAGCACUAUCUUGUGUUGCAUUUUGGAUACUCUGUUCAUAGGGUUUUCGUGGUAAGAGAUAUUCAGAGGCGGUUUUCCACUGUCUUCCUCUGAGUCUGGAUGCAUCUUACUGUGGUGUCUCAGCUUUGACCAUUCUGCCUUGGGUGACCCUGCUGGAGCCUUUUGGUCUAGUCUCCUGAUGGCAUUGCUCUGAGGUUCUUCAACACUCUUAAACCCCCUCACCACGUUAAGGUGUGCAUCCCAGAGGAGACAUUAAAUCAGUUAAAGUCAGACAAUCCCUGCCCACAGGUUUACACUAAAAAAAAAAUGACACAGGGAAAGGAACAGGAAGGGGGGGAAUCAAACUGGGUCCCAAUUCUGAAAUAGUAGUUCUUGUGAUGUUCUUUCUUCUUUCUCACAAUAGGUUAUUACUACUUUUUUCCUUUAUUUUUGGAUGAACUCCAAGUCUACUAGAUUUUUGGUUGUUCUGGGACCUUGUCAAGCCCAGCUUAAGAACAUAAGAAGAGCCUGCUGGAUCAGGCCAGUGGCCCAUCUAGUCCAGCAUCCUGUUCUCACAGUGGCCAACCAGGUGCCUGGGGGAAGCCCGCAAGCAGGACCCGAGUGCAAGAACACUCUCCCCUCCUGAGGCCUCCAGCAACUGGUUUUCAGAAGCAUGCUGCCUUGACUAGGGUGGCAGAGCACAGCCAUCACAGCUAGUAGCCAAUGAUAGCCCUGUCCUCCAUGAAUUUGUCUAAUCUUCUUUUAAAGCCAUCCAAGCUGGUGGCCAUUACUGCAUCUUGUGGGAGCAAAUUCCAUAGUUUAACUAUGCGCUGAGUAAAGAAGUACUUCCUUUUGUCUGUCCUGAAUCUUCCAACAUUCAGCUUCUUUGAAUGUCCACGAGUUCUAGUAUUAUGAGAGAGGGAGAAGAACUUUUCUCUAUCCACUUUCUCAAUGCCAUGCAUAAUUUUAUACACUUCUAUCAUGUCUCCUCUGACCUGCCUUUUCUCUAAACUAAAAAGCCCCAAAUGCUGCAACCUUUCCUCGUAAGGGAGUCGCUCCAUCCCCUUGAUCAUUCUGGUUGCCCUCCUCUGAACCUUUUCCAACUCUAUAAUAUCCUUUUUGAGAUGAGGCGACCAGAACUGUACACAGUAUUCCAAAUGCGGCCGCACCAUAGAUUUAUACAACGGCAUUAUGAUAUCGGCUGUUCUAUUUUCAAUACCUUUCCUAAUUAUCGCUAGCAUGGAAUUUGCCUUUUUCACAGCUGCCGCACACUGGGUCGACAUUUUCAUCAUGCUGUCCACUACAACCCCGAGGUCUCUCUCCUGGUCGGUCACCGCCAGUUCAGACCCCAUGAGCGUAUAUGUGAAAUUCAGAUUUUUUGCUCCAAUAUGCAUAAUUUUACACUUUUAGAGGAGAAGGGAUUUUUCUUAGUGUUGCAUAAAGUUAUUACCAGCUUUGCAUGUUGUAAUUAUUGUCUGUAAUAGCUGAAUUCUACAUUGUUCUUCUGAGAAGAGUUUUGGUCAAGCUGAAAUUGGUCAACCAGAGAGAAUUCUGGGAGCUUGUGGAUCCCUGGGACACCCUACUAGGGGAGAUCCAUGGCUCAGUUUCAGACAAUUUGCAACCUUACAAGAAGAUGCAACUGAAGCUUAGCUAUUAUCCCUUAUCGGCUUCCUGAGAUCAAAAGUCAGGAAGUGGGGGUGUUGUAGAUCAGGACCCCUGGGUGAGGCUGUCCAACCCCCUUAUCUUCAAAGGAGUGGAUCACGGCAGGGGCAGAAUAUAGCUAUUUGCCACCACCCCUCCCUGUUGACCGGGAAACUCCAUAAAAAUGAAAGAUGCUCCUUCAGUUGUUCCCUAUUUCCAUCUAUCUCGACUCGCCUGAAGUUUUACAGGGAAAAGCCGAUGGGGGACCAGGCUAUUCUACUGUGAGUGUAGAAUCUUAGUUUAGUAAGCUCUUUGUUAUAUUCUUUUGUCUGUAUUGAACCUCUCACCUUUGUUAUGCCAAUGUAUCUCUUGUAGCCAGGCUGGGGGCGAUUAGCUUUAAGGAAACAAUUGCUGCUCUCUUUUUGUAUAUCCCUUUCCUUUCUUUUAAAUAAAGGACUCUUUUAUAAAUGGUGUGUAUUGAUUUGAGAGUAAUGAUUCUAAAUCCAGUACUUGAUUGCUGAACGCUACUGAUUACUGAUAUUUAAUGCGGGUUAAUAGCUUUAGAACUCACUUAGUUCUCUGAGAUCCCCUUUCUUAGAGAAGGAAGCUGGAAAGGUGGCAGUUCUACCAUUGAUUUAAUCCUGAAGGAGGGAUAGUUUGCCUGAGAAGCAGAGACCCAAAGGUGCAGGGACUGUUCUCGGAAGCAAAGAACCCACCUUGGAGUGCUGAGGGCAAGGGACCCCAGGGGGACAAUUCUUUGACACUUUGGAAUUAAGGAGUUUGUGCUUGAGCCAAGGUAUAUAUGUCUAAUUGAAUGUAACACUUGUUAAUCAUGAUCUAUGGUUAUUUUCAGGUGUUUAGUUUUAUAGUUACUUACAAUCAUUUCUAAUUUAGGAUAAGAAUAGUUAAUAGCAUAAGCUAAGGGAAUAAGGCGUUGACCUUUCCCUGAAUUGACCUCUUUCCUUUUAGUGUUAUA